AUGGCUGAAGGGGGUGAGGAGAUGGGCCUGGGCUGGUUCUACAGAGCUCUGCGGGAAGGGGACCGGCGAAAUGUGAGGAGGGGCCUGGACAUCAUCACGGCCGCGAUGAAUCGAGAAAAGAAAGUGAUGCAAGAGAAGCUGUACCACGAGUUGCUGCAGAAGUCUGGCGGAGUGAAGGCCGACAGGUGUAAGGUGUUCUUGUUUGGGGAAGCGAAAACGGGAAAGUCCACACUAAAGAUAAGUCUUAAAAGAGGCCCGGUGUCUGCAGUGCUCCGAAGAUUGAGUGAUUCGUCGUCAGCCGAGGAGCCUCACGACCCCACCCCAGGGGUGGAUGUUGGGACGUUCGAUAUUCCUGGGGUGGGGGAGGUCAGCGUGUGGGAUUUUGCUGGGCAGUCGGAGUACGCGGUAACCCACAGUAUGUUCAUGGAUGCAGAGAACACCAUCUCCAUUGUGCUGUACAACAUCAUGGACGACAUCAAGGGUCAAGAACAACAGGUCCACUGGUGGCUUUGUUUCAUCAAGUCCUGCAACCCAAACCGGCGGCCUAACGUCAUCUUAGUGGCCAGCCAUGCGGAUAAAGUGUCACUUAACACAGGAACACGCCAAGCAGUCCAACUUCUGCAGCUCAUGACGUCAGAGUUCAAAGAUCAGCUCCGUAUCUCAGACGAAGUCUUCCUGAUGAACUGUAAGGAGACGCGAACACCUGAGAUGGACCGACUCAAGAAGCUGCUGGCUACGUUGAAGAACGCCAUGUUAGAGCACCAACGCCAGAUGCCCAAACUGUGCGCGAAAAUCACCAAGCGGCUAUCCACGUGGUGCCAGACGAAGUGCAGCCCGAAGUGUCCUGUACUGAGGUGGCCUGACUACCUGGACGCAGUCAAAGAAAUUGACCCUCAUGUGGAUGAAAAGUUUCUCCUAAAGUCUACACGGUUUCUGGACCAUCUGGGGGAGGUCAUCUUUACAUGUCCGACUGCUUCUGAUCCCAUCAUUGUUCUGAAGCCCAACUGGCUCUGCACAGACGUCAUCGGUCCAAUGAUGGCACCAGUCAACUUCCCCAUUCCCCGCCUGGAAAGAACAAGCGAAGACUACGUCACCAGGGAGGAGAUCCAGCGCGUCUUCCAAGACGUUGCUGACGUGGAUCUUCUUAUCACCCUGCUGCAAGAGUUCCAGCUCUGCCACUCCUAUGAUGGACAGACCUUCAUCUUCCCAGGGCUGCUGACACAAACCAUGCCUAACCAUGUUUGGCAACCAACAUCUGAGCCAAAGGUGAUCUACUUUGGGAAGCAAGUCCAGUGUGCCGACACCACCGACAUGUUCUCCUCCGGGUUCUUCCCCCGAGUGCAGACCCGCCUGAUGAGGGAGCAGGAGAAUCGCCCGUUGCUGUGGAGAGAUGGCGCCAAGUGUGUGGACAGGAAUGUGGAAGGUCUAAUCAAACUCUCUCCAGACGGCCGUGCAGUCAACAUCUGUGUCCGGAGUGCGCAAGGUGACAAGGUGCAGUGCGGCAAGAUGCUGCAGCAGCUGGAGAACACCAUCGCUGAUGUGUUGGAUGAGUGCAGCCCCGGAACAGGCACAGAAGAGAAGGUGCUGAGCGCUCGCGCACUCAAGGAACAUAGGGAAGAAUUCUUCUCGUAUGGCAAGGAGGAGAUCAUCAAGGCAGCAGCAGAGGGCGGUACAAUCGUCCAAUCCUCACUCGGGUUCACGGAACAUGUCAAUGACCUACUGUGUAUUGAGGUGGAGACUCCGCUCACCAGGAACCGCCCAGAGCUGGUCCAGGCCUUGCGACACGUGGAGCCAAUCCUGGACCACCUGCAGGCACGUGGCAUCCUGACUGUAGAGGAGUGUGACGUCAUCAGAACCAACACAACGCCCCAAGACCGCGCACGCGCACUGCUGGACGCCGUGGGGAUGAAGGGAGAAGACGCACUUCCUGUGUUCCAGUCGGUCCUGAGAGAGGUUGACCCCCGUGCAGCGGACAUGCUGAUGGCCACACCGCGGGCCGAUGAGCUGCAGGACAGGACGGACCAGCUGAGCAGACACCGUCCUGAGCUGGUGCAGGCUCUGAGACACGUGGAACCGCUCCUGGACCACCUGCAGGCCAUGGAGGUCCUCAGCACGGAGGAGUGUGACGUCAUCAGGGCCCACACCACGCCCCAGGACCGCGCACGCGCACUGCUGGACACCGUGGGAACUAAGGGAGAAGACGCGCGUCAGGUGUUCAAGGUCGUCCUGGAAGAGGUGAACCCGGAGGCGGCGGAAAUGUUGCAGUGAACUUGGCCUUGGGGACCGAUACUUCCUAAAUUAGACUUGCUGGUGAUUAACAGAUGGAUAAUAAUGUUAUGUGCACAUUUAGUUCCUAAAACGAGUUGUUUGUUUUUCCCAUCUUUGUUAAUAUUUGAGUAUGAGUACCUCACAUAGUUGACUUCUCUCUAAACUGUGCUGUGCAGAGCGAUGCAGUCAGAAGAAAUGGGCAUAAUUACUUUCUCAUUGUGGCAUGGUUACUUGCAAAAUGUGUGCACAAAGCUACUCGCUACAAUUUACAGGAAGAUAUCAGUAUUGUAAGCU